AAUCUGCAGGAGGGUCGUGAAUUUGCGUAUACAAGACCGCUUAGAGUAAUCGAACGAAGUGUCAUUCAAACGGAGUUUUUCAAUGUGGCCCACAAGGAACACACAUCGCUCGACAAUUGCGCCACGUUUUGCAAUGGCGCCAGUGAAAUGACGGCCCUCGCGUCCCAUCCGGAGCACCUCUCGAUGCCAGCUGGUUCGGACGGCAGCGACGACCUAAUGUCGGACUUCGAGGUGCUCUCUGCGAACGACGAGAGCAUGGCGUUAGCUGUCACUGCCAACGGGCCGCUCGAGAAUCUGCAUCUGUCGCUGCCCCACGGCGACGGCACUUCGCUGUCCAGCGCGAGCGAUGAUCUGACUCAUCAAGAGGCGGAAGAACGUAUCGCCAAAGUGCUUCAGGAGAACGCCAACUUGAAAGAAAAAGUGGCUCUUUGUACAUCCAAGAUUCAGCAGCAGUACGACACUUUUGUGGCAUAUCAAAAGCAACUCUCUGAGGCACAGGCAACACUCAAAGUGGAGCUGUCAGACACUCGUCGCAAGCUUGAGGAGAAGUGCUGCUUGGAAGUGGAAUUGAGGGAUCUUGUGGAGAAGCUGCAAAAGGCGUGCACUCUGUAUGCAUCGGAACGCCAAGCUAUGACACUGAUGUCCGGAAAGUGGGAUCCCAAAAGUGGCAAAGACGGUGCUGCCGAGGGACAAACUACCUCAGCAGAUUGCACAGACAUCUCUGAUGUGGUUCCUGGUCUCUUACCAAGCAAGGACAAAGAUGUGAUGAGCGUUUCUCAGGCUGUGGUGGAGCUUUAUCAGGAACAGAGCAAGACGGUGCAGCUCACUGAGAAGAUAGAUAAGCUUACUGAGCAGCUCGAGUACAAGACACGGCGAAUAGAAGAGUUGGAAGACGUCACCUCCAAACUGCGACGGCAAGUGAGCGAGGCUGAGAGCAGGAAUGCAGCAUUUGCUUCACAGGCCACUACCAAGCAGGCAGAGCUUGAGACAGCUCUUCUCGAGAAAGAAGCUUUGGUCAGGGCUCUGCAAGGGCAGUGCGAGGGCAAGGUUGCUGAGAUUGAGGAGCUAAGACGUGCCCUGCUGACGGCCGAGAAGAACAGUAAUCGUGCACGCCGAGACUACGCUGAGCUGCUGCAAACUUGGCAGAAUUACGAAAACUCCAAUGAUGCUGGUGAGCACACAUUCGUGCGUGUGGAACAGCAGUCUGGCGCAGCUGCUUCGCGCGACACGGAGAGAAUGAAGCUCCAGUCUGAGAGGCAGGCACAGGAACUGGCAGAACGUGAGAGCCAGAUUGAGGUGUUGCGUCAAGAAGUGGAGCGCCUCAAGAAGGACUUGGAGUUGCUGCCUCCUCUCCAGGCACAGGUGGAGGUGUACCGCACGGACUACGAAACGGAGCAAAAUCUGCGCCGGCAGCUCGAGACAACGGUGCAGCAGCAUUUGAACACCAUCGAGGAGCUCCGUGAGCAGAUCAAUGCCCUGCAGGAACCACCACCAGAGCUGAGGAGUAGCAACAGCAGCAACCAAAGGUCUUCUGAGUCCAACUCCACAUUUGCUGCACAGCAAACUAGUGCUCAAGCAAUGGAGUCGCUGUUGCCGUGUCCUCUAUGCAUGGAGGUUUGUUCAACACGCUCGCUCUACAUUGCCCACGUUCAAAGCUGCGCAGAUGGCCAGGAAGUACGCUAGAGUUGAAUGCCAUCUAGCACUCGUGCUAGGACGGGAGCCCCCAGCAUAACUCCUCCUUGUAGAUAUGUAACCUGAUAAACUGUUCUUUAGUCAGGCUGAUUUCAGAAACAAAGAUCGAAUGUGAAAGUUUCUGUUCAGGCUUGGCAAAGCACUCUUUUGUAACGGAGCCGCCCGUUCCUUCUCGGCUGUUGGCUAUACUUGGCUGUUGAGGUAUUUGUGUAUUCGUAGCGCAUCAAGUGUUACUUUGUUUUCUGAGCCCACUAUUGCAUGCUUGUUUUUUCGCUUUGAUCGAAUUGAUCUUGGGCAAAUCUGUUAUGUGCCGCAUUCAGUUAUCUUGGCGUUAUAGCACAAUUUGUUGUACACAUGUAUUUUCUCUUAACAUAAAUGUGCAGCAGCGUGCUGCCUCUCAUCUGUGAGGUCAUCUAAAAAUAUUCUCGACUUUCUUUAUCUGGCCAAGUGAUAAUGCGCUUAGCGUAAGUUAGCCUCCUUACCAAGUGAUGUUGUUUCUUUUGGGUUUAGGCUUUGUCUCAAGCGUUUGAAUACGAAAUGUCCUAUAACAUGCAUGUGUCUUUUUGUACAACCAGAAAUUUGAGCUCCCUGAAUAUAAAAGUCUACUGUCUUAGCUAAUGGCCUUUGUAUAGAGGGUUCUGCAAAGUGAAGAAAGAGCAUAUCUACUUGCUGACUGUGCUUUGCUAGGUCAGUGUAUUAUUUAGUCUCUUUAGAUUGUCAAAUGCAUGUUGUAUGAGCCUCAAAUAAUCUGGAGCUGUGGCAUAAAUAUUAGCAUGUUUUACUAACACUUUUUUUUUGUUAAUCUGCAGCUUUGUUAAAAGCCCUGUAGCUCCAGCUUGGUGGGAUCAGUGCAGCCAUGUUCUCUAUAGACUAUUGCUUCUCGUAUGUUAUGCAUUUGCACGUAUGCCUCCCUGUUGUUUAAUUACUGUGAUUAACUAUGACGUUCGCUGCAUAGCAAGUGAUAUGACUAGUAAAAAGGCGUCUUUAUUUUUGUUCCUUUUUAAAGAGUGUGCAUUGCUUGAACAUCAGCUUGUUAAACUUGUCAUGCUGUUGUUUGUAGCAGAUCUAAGUUAGUACUUGCUGUUGGAGUUUAGCCUCAGCCAUGUAAAGAAUUUGGUGGCAAUGAAAACCACCUUGUUGGUUACCUUUUCGACGAUUGCGAACAACUGGCAUCUGUGCAUGGGAUACUACAACAAGGUUGUAUUUGUAUUGGUGAUGAUGGUAAUAAUUGUCACAGGUCUGACUUUUUGCCUUUUUCUGAUGUUGUUACGGUAAACAGUAAAGUGUAGAAAUGGCAGAGGUUAGCUGGGUGGUAGAAAAUACACGAACGAGCAAAUGCUUCGCGCAAUUUUGAAACCCACACAUUUUGUUCCUUAAAGUGUUCUUGUGUCCUGUGACUUACUACUAGGAAACAGCAUGGCUAGAGUGAAGUUACGAUGUCAUAGUUUUACUGUAGCAUGUUGUAAGCUUCAGUUAUGCACACAACUGACCAUAAAAACAUUUGUUUGGAAAUGCAGUCUGGUGCAUAUUGAGAAAAUAUUUAAUGUUGCAGCUAUAUAUAUUCAUAAAUUGUUGAGGAUAGAUUAUGCAGAUUUUGGUGUGCCAAGUAUAGAACAUGUAUUACUUUCUGAAAGCCAAUGAGUAUUGUUAUUCUUUAGAAAGCUGCACCCUUAUGUACACUUGUUUUACAGUGCCAUUACUGUAGUAUGUGCAUGCCUAUGUGCCUGGUAUUAAUUUCUGGCACUCAAAGUUUGACAAUAGAGCGUAAAUUGUGAAAACGUUUUUAGAAAUUUGUGCAAGCGAAGCUGCCUUUUCUCUCAGAUAUUUGGUGACAAAGGCCCAGUUUGUCCGAUUUUGGAUGAAGCCUAGAUCUGUAGCUGACAUCAAAUUGCUGGACUAAUGUGUCUCUGUUUGAGUAGGCUUGACAUUUUUUACCUUAUGACUGUCAGUCUAAAUGUCCGGAAUAACUUGCAGUGAUGUGUGAAGUUGUGCUAUAUCAUCUUCACUUUUACCUCUGUAUUGUCACACGUAGAAAUGUUUUGUGUGAAAUGCGCCUUAUGUCUAGUCGAUUACUGCAGCGUGUGUGUAUGCUUGAACUGGUGAAGAAACGAAAAAGGCUUACAUCGUUUCAGAUGAGAAUAAAGAUACUUUAUUGUAUGACUUA